AUGACAAAUAAAUUUACCUUAUCUUUUCAUUUGAAGAAGAAAAACAAUUGAGGAGGGAGAAGAGCUAUGGCCGAAAUAGUGGAUGUGAAUCCGAAGCCGAAGAAAGGCCUGAGUUCAAAGCUCGUUGACUGGUUCGAGAAUGUUGUCGUAAAGCUCAUGUACGACUCUUCUCACUCUCACCAUUAUCUCUCCGGUAACUUUGCUCCGCUUCCGCAUGAAACUCCUCCAACGACGGACCUUCCGGUCUCCGGUUCGCUUCCUGAAUGCUUAAAUGGAGAGUUUGUUCGGAUGUGUCCCAAUCCCAAGUUCCGCCCAGUGGCUGGAUAUCACUGGUUUGAUGGAGAUGGUAUGGUCCAUGGUGUGCGCAUCAAAGAUGGAAAAGCAACAUACGUCUCCCGUUAUGUGAAAACAUCGCGUCUUAAACAAGAAGAAUAUUUUGGAGCUGCUAAAUAUUUGAAGUAUGGAGACCUUAAAGGGCUUUCUGGAUUUUUCAUGUUUAUCGUGCAAAUGCUGAGAGGAAUGCUUAAAGUAUUAGAUCAUUCGUAUGGAGGUGGAACAGCUAAUACAGCUCUCGUGUAUCACAGUGGAAAACUUCUAGCGCUUCAUGAAGUAGACAAACCUUAUGUCCUUAAAGUCUUGGAAGAUGGAGAUCUGGAGACACUUGGCAUGCUGGAUUAUGACAAGAGAUUGCAGCAUUCAUUCACAGCUCAUCCGAAAAUUGACCCAUUUACUGGUAUAGGCGAAAUGUUUUCAUUUGGUUAUGCGCAAACACCUCCAUACGUCACUUACAGAGUCACUUCAAAGGAUGGUUUCAUGCACGAUCCAGUGCCUAUAACGAUACCAGACCCCGUCAUGAUGCAUGACUUUGCCAUUACAGAAAAUUAUGCCAUUUUCAUGGAUCUUCCAUUCUUUUUCAAACCAAAGGAAAUGGUGAAGGAAAAUAAGAUGAUAUACCAAUUUGACACAACAAAAAAAGCACGCUUCGGUGUGCUUCCACGGUAUGCAAAGAAUGAGCUUCUAAUAAAAUGGUUCGAGCUACCGAGCUGCUUCAUAUUCCAUAAUGCUAACGCGUGGGAGGAGGAGGAUGAAGUUGUUCUAAUCACAUGCCGCCUUGAGAAUCCGGAUUUGGUGAUUGUCGGUGGGAAGGUCCAAGAAAAGCUUGAGAAUCCCUUAGAGGAGCUGUAUGAAAUGAGAUUCAACAUGAAAACUUGUCUAGCAUCACAGAGAAAACUCUCAGAGAAGAUGGUAGAUUUUCCAAGAAUAAAUGAGAGCUACACUGGCAGGAAACAACGUUAUGUGUAUGUAACAAGACUUGACAACAUUGCAAAAGUUAGCGGGAUUGUCAAGUUUGAUUUACAUGCUGAGCCAGAAAGUGGGAAAACAUGCAUUGAGGUUGGUGGAAAUGUUCAAGGUCUGUAUGACCCGGGACCCGGUCGAUUCGGCUCCGAGGCUAUAUUCGUCCCCAAGGUUCCUGGAAUCACUUCUGAAGAAGAUGAUGGCUACCUAAUAUUCUUCGCACACGAUGAGAAUACCGGAAAAUCAUCAGUUCAUGUGAUUGAUGCAAAAACAAUGUCACCAGAUCCAGUAGCAGUUGUUGAUUUGCCCCAUAGAGUUCCAUAUGGAUUCCAUGCCUUAUUUGUGACUGAGGAACAAUUGCAAGAACAAGCAAUGUUCUGAACUGAAGAAAUAUUUGAUGGAGAUCAGAAGAAACAAAGUUCUGCCAAUAAGCAUUGUCACACACACUGAAAUUCUUAUCAUUUAUAUAAAUAAUUAUGAUACCAAACUCUUAUCAUUUAUAUAAAUAAUUAUGAUACCAAACU